AGUCGUUAUCUGUUUUCAUGACAACAAAAUACAAGAACGUGAUAUAUUUAGUGCACAAAAAGCUAUAUUUGUUUUUAUUAAUUUUAUUAUACUUUUACUUUAUUUACAUUUUUAAUCAUGGCGUGGGGAUUACCGAAACUUCCCGGAUUAACAUUUUCGGACCCUACGAAGACUAAACAUCAUAUGCGCAGCUCCCUACGGUUCUACCAAGGUUACAGAUUUCCUGACACAAUAGUGGUGGGGCCUGGAGGCAGCGCCACGGAUGUCGACAGCAACGCGUUUGCCUUACCGGAAGACUCUGUCAAUUACGACCCAUCGUUGACGUAUGGUCGUGUGAAGCAGCCCGCAUUGCCCGCUGUCAUCCCGCACUGGGCUCACUACGAUAAGCGUUGCCUCAAAUUCACCGCCUUCUUCAAGCAGCCCGUGUUCGACAGCACCGAUGAGAACUAUAGAGUUCGAAUCGUCAACAUCAUUUAUUUUAUAGAGGACGAUACACUCACCGUUAUUGAACCAAAAACGAGGAAUUCCGGCUUGUGGCAAGGCAAGUUGGUGAAGCGUGGUAAAAUACCGAAGAAUGACAUCGGAGAAUUUUGGCACUGGAAGGACCUGGACAAUGGCAAAGAUAUUUGUAUCUUUGGCAAAGUUUAUCAUACUGUGUCAUGUGAUCUUUUUACAAGGGAGUGGCUAGAAUCCCAAGGAAUAGAGAUUUCGAAACCAGAAGACGUACCAGUGGAUCCUUAUGUAGUGAAACAACAUUGGAAAAAAAUUCAGCCACCAAGAAGACCGAAAGUACGCGAAGAUCCACUUCGACGGUUCCUGGAAUACGAUGGCAAAGUUCUGGCAUUCAAUGUAGUGUGGGAUAAUCGUGAUGCAGAGAAUGGCGAACUUGGAGAGUAUAAGCUUUUUUACUUCCUGCAAGAUGACACCGUCUCUGUUAAGGAACUUCAUGAUGCUCGAGGAGGAAAAGAUCCAUUUCCCAUGUUAUUGAAGAAAACUAAAAUACCAAAGAAAUGGAAGGAAAAGCCUGUGACAUUCCCCUCGCUCGUGAUGGAGAUGACGGAGGAGGAGGUGACGGAGUAUUACGCGCCGAAAGACUUCAUUGUUGGCGAGACGGUGUUUCUGCUCGGCCGACGCUUCUUGAUCUUUGACUGCGAUGAAUUCACCAGGAAAUACUACAAAAUAAUGUUGAACUUCGAUCAACCUCAAAAGGUAGAAAUACCUCAAAAGAAAGUGAAAGAGUUUCCAAAGGUGUUUCCACCGCACAUUGGCAUUGGUACUCCGGAGGACUCGCUGGGCUCCUGCUUCGGCUUGAUGCCCAAGACUCCACACAAGGACGUCAUCAAAUACAAUCUCAAUGCUAACAAGUACCUUCGCUAUCUGUGCGAGUUGGACUGGAUUCAUCCCGAAGACAAGGGAAGAAAGUUCGUGUUGUCGUACAGCCUCGCGGACGGCACCAUCAAGAUUGACGAGAUCCCGCAGCGGAACUCCGGGAUACGAGAGGGAAGGUUCCUCAAGUCAAUGCUACUUCAGACGCCCGAUUCUGAUCCAAACUUCCCCACAUAUUUCACGCCAGAUAAGUUUUUUGUAGGUGUUAUUGUUCCCGUGUUCAAGCACCGCUUUAAGAUAACCGGUUGCGACCUGUUCGUGUACCGAUACAUGAGCGCUAACCCGGAGAAGUUCCCGCAGGAGGUGAUUGACAAUGUGCGCAACUAUCACAUGAGAGAAGGCAAUCUCAAGGACGAACUUGAUGAAGCAGUGCGGGACCUACAGGCUCGUGAGACGCGAGCGCAGCUUGCUAAGAUCGGUCAGGCGGCGGUGGCGGAGCCCGACGCGAUGGAACGCUGCCUCGGCCAGCUCGGCGUGGUGGAGGGCAGUGCCGCGCCUCCGCGACCACCCACACCGCCCAUGACCACUGACCAUAUAUCUUAUGAUGACGCUUUACGCAUCACGAGACAGAGCAAACCGACUUGUGACGGCAUCAUGCCACUAAAAGGUAUACUAAAAUCUGGCGAAGCGCGCGAUGACCACCAAAAAGUGGUAUGCUUCAGUGCUCCAGCAACCGAGGAACAUCGUGACGUACGACCUGAACAACCUUAUCCGGCUGGUCAUCCGCAGUUUGACGAGGAUCCAGACUUUUGCAAAAAACAACAAGAGCCGGACGCAGCGGAAAGAGCUGCACGUCGAGCACGGAAUGAAUGUCCCUAUGAACUUAUUCCUAGCGCUCAGAUGUUGGCCAGUACAAGGGAAGAUGCUCCUAAGGCUGCUCCUCCAGGAUAUCUUGGAAAGUUCGGUGUACAAUGCAAAGAGGUACCUGACUACAUGCGUUUACCUCAUGACGCAUAUGAGAAAGUGAAGAAACUUCGUCAAGACGUGCCUAAGAUAUCUCCGCAGGCUGAGAGAUUGUCGGCAUACCCUCGGGAGGAUUUCCCGCCAGUUAGCACAUGUAAGGACGUGAUAGCCGAGGAGGGGCCGUGCGCUAAACAGACGAAGGAGGAUGUAGCUUUUAGUUGUCCUCGCGUAGAACCGGGACUACCGUGUUGUGAUCCCGACAAAAGAGAUGCAAAAGAAAAUUACUGAAUAGAAGGUUUUUAAACUUGA